GUUUAGCACAUGCGCAGAGCGGAUCGUUUAGACGAAUCGCUAGCUAAACGUGAGCAACAAAUUCAGUAGUGUCUUUUAAAGUGUGUCUUCUGGGCGCUAGUGUCGGCUAAUGGACUGCAAAUGGGGUGUUAACUAACCUAAAGAUACAAAUAAACAGGUUGCUGUUGUCCUGCUUCUACUGACAAUGGAGCAGUAUGAGGGGGCUGUUAUGCAGCUGAAGAGACAAGUGGAAGAUGAAAGGAUGACUUGUGAUGAGACCGUGAACUUGCUGAACAACGCUUUAAACCGUUUUGUGAACAUGGCCGCAGUCCAGAAGGACAGCAGUGUGCUGUCCAGAGUCAAGUCUGUCUUGUAUCAGAGCGGUGUUCUGCACCACUGUAUCACCCUUCUCACCCUGGAUCCUCCAUCACUGCGAGGCAACUGGAGCGCUGCUGCCACACUUGCCUCGCUCACCAGUUCCUGUUGUGUGGGGGUGGAACCCAGUGGACUGUCGGAGACCUUUCAUAGGCUGUUCCUGCCAUCGGUCAUGGACAGCCUCUUGUUAUUAGCUAGUCAGCUUGCGAGGCGAACACAGCCUGUCUCUCUCUUUAAGAAGGUGAUGGACUCGGUCAGCCGGAUUCUGCGAACGCAUGCGCAGCUCACCAUGCACAUUCUCAGCUCGGCCCACUAUGAGUUCAUCCAGGGCAGUGAUGCCACCACAGCAUUGCUGUGUGUCCAAAUGUGGAUUGACACAUGCAUAGCUAGCAGUGACUACCUGUCCAAGUUGUGUGAUGACUCCAUCCUGCUAUUGCUCAAUGAGGCUGUCGGCCAAUUAACUGUCACUUCUGACACGGCAGUGGGCGGGGCCUCUGUCAGAUUAAUCCUCCAGAUGUCCAAUCAGCUGCCACUCCAGACCUCCAGACUCCUCCUCCAGUUCAAAGGCCUGGACAGCCUAUUGGACAAAGACUGGCGGGGGCGUGGCUUUGAUCAAGAAGUCCAUCAGCUGAUCACACUCAUCCAGUCUUGUGCGAACACAUCUUCAGUGGAGUGUGUGAGAGCGGCGUGUGUGAUUCAGGCGGCCUGGAGAGCAUAUCUGACCAGACGCAGACUUAAGACUCUCAACAGUGUCGUCUCCAUGCUGCAGCGACGCUUUAGAGCUCGUAAGGAACAACAGCAGCAGCAGAGGGCAGCGCAGCAGUGGGAGGAGGAGUUGAAUUUCCAGGUAUGUAUACAGCGUCAGCAGGCAAGAACCAAGUUCCACCAGAAACAGAGACAGCUGCUGCAGCUUCUACCACCUGACCAGGUGCAGUCGUACCUACAGGAGUGCGAGCGACGCGCAGCUGUGUUGAUCCAAAGCGCUUGGAGAGGAUUUCUGAUCAGACGACACCUUGACUUCCAGCGACGUACAUUAAGACACAUGCAAACUCAGCAACACGCUGCCAGGACACUGCAGAAAGCUGUGCGUCAUUUUCUUCAGAAGCGUUGUGCAGCAGAUGUCUUGGUCAGCAGAUGUUGCUGGAUUGGACAGAAGGGUUUGACGGACAGCCAGAGGGCAGUGUGGAAGACACAGGUGGAAGAAUAUGUCAGGUUGCAUCCUUCGAUGGGGGUGAGUCGUGAGCAGUGUGAACAUCUCCAUGUCGACGUGCAAAGGCGGUUGCAGGUGCUGAAGCAGCAGAUGAUGCAACGUAUGAGGGAGCAUCAAAAAAUAGAGUCUCUGCUGGCUCACACUCACAAUCAGCUGGACCUUCUCAAAGAAAGCCUUCCUCUCUCAGAUGUCAAGAUGACAGAUUUCGAGCGUUUCCUGAGCCCUUGUGGUACCAUGGCCACUCAGGCCCGUGAUGCCCACAAUGCCAGGCUGCAAGACCACAAGCUGCCCUGGUGGCGGACUUUGGAUGGCAUGACUGCAGGACUCUAGUGCGGGCCUCCCCACGUAAAGGACUUGUUGUGGGAUAGAAGUGAUUAUAAAUGAAAAUGAACAUUCA